AUGGUAGAGACGCUCCUCGACAUCGACCCCGACACCGGCGAAUUCAUGCCGAUGUUGGCCACGCGCUGGGAAAUGGCGCCAGAUGGCAAGAGUUGGACUAUGGACUUGCGGGAAGGGGUGACAUUCCACUCCGAGUUUGGCGAAUUCGAUGCCCAGGACGUGGCGCACAUGAGAUUCCUCAUGGGCCCCCAGGAAGGAAACCUCAACAGCUUCCGCAACACUUGGGCCACCACGGUGAAUAACGUAGAAAUCGUGGACGACCAUAGGGUUGUCUUCCAGCUGGAUAAACCAGACCCUGGCCUGGAUUUCUUCCUGUCACUGAGCGGAGACCUGGUCAUGCUGAGCAAGAAUCAGUGGGACCAGGAAGGCCAGGAUGGCCUCGAGCAGCGCCUGAUCGGCACCGGCCCUUACGAAUACCUGGAACGAGAGGUGGGCCAGUCUAUUUCCUUUAGCCGGGUUCCUUAUGAACACUGGCGGGUGCCCAACGCCGACUUCCAGGAGUUGGAGUUGGUAUGGGCCCCCGAGUCGGCGACACGCCUGGCGAUGCUGCUGACCGGAGAAGCUCACAUGGCCGAACUGCCCCGGGACGUGCUGGCCCAAGCGGUGUCAGAGGGCAUGGGUAUCUCCCAGAGCGGUCUGGGCGCCAUACUCACCUGGCUCGUAAUGGGCGGCCAGUAUUACACAACUGGCGAUGAGGCCUACGAUGCCACAGUGCCUUACGCCCAGCCCGGCGAGAACGGUCGCCUGGUGCGUAAAGCCAUGAACAAAGCCAUCAGCCGGGACCAGAUUAACGAAUUCAUCUUCAGGCAUGGCGGGACAACCAUGCUGGUGCAUGGCUACCACCACACUCUGCCCGGCUGGAACCCGGAAUGGGAAGAUCGGUGGGAAGAGGAAUACGGCUACGAUCCCGAGGCAGCGAAAGAUUUGCUGGAGCAAGCCGGAUACCCCGACGGUUUCAAGUUGAAGAUGUACGGAGCCCACACUCUGCCAGGGGUGCCGGAACUGCCUGACAUCGCUGAAGCAGUGAGCAUCUUCUGGACCGAGAUCGGAAUCGACGUCGAAAUCGUGAGCCUGGAGUUCUCGGCGGUCCGUCCUCAAUACCGGACCAAGCAAAUCCAGGGCUUCAUCUUUCCAAUGAGGACCGUGCGCCGACCUCUUCAGGAACAGAUCCGCCUUUUCAAUCUCCCUGAUGGAGUGGUCCACCAUUACGAAUCUGACUCCGUCGUCGAGACAUGGAAUGAGCUGUCGUUGACCCUGGACCCAGCGGAACGAGACCGCCUGAUCCGGGAGAUUGGAAACGAGAAGUUUGACAAUCAUGAGACCAUACCCCUGCUCUGGAUAUUUUUCCAGGUUGCGAUCAACCCGGAUGUAAUAGCCGAGUACAAGUUUCCCCGGAACGGCCGCCAGCAACUUUAG